AGACCCCCUCCCUUUCUCUUUCUCUCUCUUCGAACACCUCAACGGCCGACCCCACGGCCUUAGAGAGAGAGAGAGAGAGAGAGAGAGAGAGAGGAGAGAGAGAGAGAGAAAGAGAAAGAGAGAGAGCCUCUUCUCCCUCCUCCCCCCUCCGCGAUCCAUCGCACUAGAUCCGCCUCUCCGCGUCGAUCUCACCAAAAUCCGGGAUUUGGGAUCGACGAUUUGGUUCUGUCGUUGUUGUUGUUGUGGUGGUUGUUGAUCGGACGCUUUUGCUAUGGCUGCUCCACCUGCUAGGGCUCGGGCGGAUUAUGAUUACCUCAUAAAGCUCCUCCUGAUCGGCGACAGCGGUGUUGGGAAGAGUUGUCUCCUCCUGAGGUUCUCUGAUGGCUCCUUUACUACUAGUUUCAUUACCACAAUUGGUAUUGACUUCAAGAUCAGAACGAUUGAGCUGGAUGGUAAGCGGAUCAAAUUGCAAAUUUGGGACACAGCUGGUCAGGAACGCUUUCGAACUAUUACAACUGCAUACUAUCGAGGAGCCAUGGGCAUUUUGCUUGUUUAUGAUGUCACCGAUGAGUCGUCCUUCAAUAACAUAAGGAACUGGAUUAGGAAUAUCGAACAACAUGCUUCCGAUAAUGUGAACAAGAUUUUGGUGGGCAACAAAGCUGACAUGGAUGAGAGCAAAAGGGCUGUGCCUACGGCAAAGGGGCAAGCACUUGCUGAUGAAUAUGGCAUCAAGUUUUUCGAAACUAGUGCAAAGACGAACCUAAAUGUUGAACAAGUGUUCUUCUCAAUAGCUCGAGAUAUCAAGCAAAGGCUUGCUGAAACUGAUUCCAAACCGGAGGACCGUACGAUUAAGAUCAACAAGCCGGACCAGGCGGCUUCUGUGAGUGCAGAAGCACCAAGAUCAGCCUGCUGCGGUACCUCCUGAGUAAAUAAAUGGCUUUCUGGUGGUGGCGGUAGCGAUCCCAUGGAUGUUGACUGUUGCGGGAACUAAUUCUCUUUUUAUAGAUGAAUGCUUUCAUGAAGAUGAUGAUGAUGAUGAUAUGGUGAUGCAUGUAUUAUUACCUUUCCAUUCUUUUGCAAACCUUCUUUUUAGUGCACAAUAUAGUUAUCAGAAUUGUCGGAACUUUUUGUUCGUGUGCUUGGUUGGAAUCAGUGGCACAGUUCACAUGCUACAUGCGUAGCUACAUUGGUAAUGAUUGUUUUGGAUCUUUCUCGCAGCUCGUAAUUCUCUUAUAAAAUGUGCAUAGAUGUCGAACUAAUGAAUUGCUUGAUUUUUACUCUUUUCUCA